AACGCCUACUUCCUCCUUCUGUUAACCUCUCUCUCUUUUGCUUUUUUCUGUCUCUGUGCCCAAGGAGAGGCACUGUGAAGUGUAGUUUAAAACCCUUGCUCUUGUGACUGCUGAACAUCGAAGGAUGCUUAUUGUAUUUGUGGCUAGCUAGUGUUAGUGGGGAUUUUGUUUAGUUUUGAUUUGUUGUGGAUUUGAAACAAGACUUAUUGGAGGGUGGACCCGCGGGUUGAACUCGCUACCUGCUUGUCGUCAAGGUUUCCGGGUUUGGAUGAGAGCUCCUCAGUGAGACAGUGAGAGGCACCUCCAUACCCCUCCACCGCCAUCAUGCCACCGCCCUCCGACAUCGUCAAGGUGGCCAUUGAGUGGCCAGGGGCCUUCCCUAAGCUCAUGGAGAUAGACCAGAAAAAGCCCCUCUCAGCCAUUAUCAAAGAAGUGUGCGAAGGAUGGUCUUUGGGGAACCACGAAAACUUUGCUCUGCAAAAUGCUGAUUCCACUAAUUUCUACAUCACAGAAAAGAACCGCAAUGACAUAAAGAAUGGUUCUAUACUGCGACUGACAACAUCUCCUUCUCAGAUGGCGGGCCAGCUCCACGAGAGGAUCCAGUCAUCUAGUAUGGAUGCCAAGCUAGAGGCCCUAAAGGACCUGGCCAACUCUUCCAGAGAUGUCACCUUCGCCCAGGAGUUCAUCAACCUGGACGGCAUCUCACUGCUCACACAGAUGGUGGAGAGUGGCACAGAACGCUAUCAGAAACUACAGAAGAUAAUGAAGCCAUGUUUUGGAGACUUAUUGUCGUUCACGCUGACGGCGUUCGUGGAGCUCAUGGACCACGGCAUCGUCUCCUGGGAUACCUUCUCUGUUGCCUUCAUCAAGAAGAUUGCAGGUUAUGUGAACAAGUCAGCCAUGGACACGGCUGUGCUGCAGCGGUCUCUGGCCAUCCUGGAGUCCAUGGUGCUCAACAGUCAGGACCUCUACCAGAAGGUGGCGCAAGAGAUCACAAUCGGACAGCUUAUACCCCAUCUGCAGGGGACUGAUCAGGACAUUCAGACAUACACCAUCGCUGUGAUUAACGCCUUGUUCCUCAAGGCCCCGGAAGACAAGAGACAGGAGAUGGCCCACAUUCUAGCCCAGAAGCAGCUGCGUUCCAUCAUACUAAGUAAUGUGAUCCGGAGCCCUAAGCCAAUCAAUGAUGAGAUGGCCCACCAGCUGUACGUGCUGCAGGUUCUGACCUUUAACCUCUUAGAGGACCGCAUGAUGACCAAGAUGGACCCUCAGGACCAGGCCCAAAGAGACAUCAUCUUUGAGCUGCGCAGGAUUGCGUUCGACGUGGAAUGUGAGCCGAACAACAGUGGCAGCAUCGAGAAGAGGAAGUCCAUGUACACCCGUGACUACAAGAAACUAGGUUUCAUUAACCAUGUGAACCCUGCUAUGGACUUCACUCAGAUUCCUCCUGGGAUGCUGGCUCUGGAUAACAUGCUGUACUUUGCCAGACACCACCAGGAUGCCUACAUCAGGAUUGUUCUGGAGAACAGCAGUCGUGAGGACAAGCACGAGUGUCCGUUCGGCCGCAGCAGCAUCGAGCUGACCAAGAUGCUGUGUGAAAUCCUCAAAGUGGGAGAGCUCCCCAGUGAGAACUGUCAUGAUUUCCACCCUAUGUUCUUCACCCACGACCGCUCCUUCGAAGAGUUCUUCUGCAUCUGCAUCCAGCUGCUCAACAAGACCUGGAAGGAGAUGAGGGCCACCAGCGAAGACUUCAACAAGGUGAUGCAGGUGGUAAGAGAGCAGAUCAUGCGAGCGCUGACACAGAAGCCUAAUUCCCUGGACCAGUUAAAGAGUCGCCUGCAGAACCUGAGUUAUACUGAGAUCCUGAAGAUACGCCAGUCUGAGAGGAUGAACCAAGAAGACUUCCAGUCCCGCCCCAUCCUGUGA